CCCGCCAUGAGUAGCGCGGGAAAGUGGCGCGCGCCAAAUAAUGUCGCUCAGUUGAGCGCUCUACUGGAAUUGCGCAACUCCUCCCACUGUCCCAAGUCCCCGCCAUAACACAUUCCUUCUUCCUCACAUCCGGCAUCUUCAUACCCUCUCUCUCUCCCAAAAAAUUUGCAAGUCAAGUGUGUUAAAUAAAAAAGCUCUGCCAAAAAUCAAGUGUUUUAUUAGUAAAGGUGGCUAGUGAUUCCACCAAGUGAUACCCCAUUCAACGGAGCAUCAUCAGAAGAGCGAACCCAAACAUUUGUUGUCCCUUCUCACCGGACACUUAACCCUUUUUUGUGUCAAUUCUCUUUACCAGGUGAGAUCUGGAAGCACGAGGAAGUGCAUUAAAGGGAGCUUUAGUUCUUAUGGUUAUUUUCCCUUUUAAUUCAAGGUGAGAUUGUGGAGCUUGUGAGAGAUACAGUGAGGGCAUUUAGAGGGCAUUUGUCUAAAAUCUUAUUCCUUCCCUUUCAAGGUGAGAUCUGGAAGCACGAGGAAGUGCAUUAAAGGGAGCUUUAGUUCUUAUGGUUAUUUUCCCUUUUAAUUCAAGGUGAGAUUGUGGAGCUUGUGAGAGAUACAGUGAGGGCAUUUAGAGGGCAUUUGUCUAAAAUCUUAUUCCUUCCCUUUCAAGGUGAGCGAACGAUAUACACAAACAUUUGUUGGUCCUUGUCGCCUACUUGCUUGAGGAAAAGCAGCCCUGAAACCAGCGCAGAAUGAAUCUCAAUCCAAUGAGCGUCAGAGGAGGUUAUAUAGGCACAAUCACGAAGUUGGAGAAAUUUGUGGAGUCAUGUUCUGAUGGAGAAUUCAUCGCCACAACCCUCCACGCCUUGCAGAAGCAGCUUUCCAAACUCCAAAGUGCUCGUGAGAAAUACAUUGAAGUUCAAAGACAGAUAAUUGAUCAGCAACCGACGGAAUCCAAGAAGCAGCAUGAGCAAGAAGCCUACGAAAAUAUUCUUGCAAAGUGUUCGGCUAUCGAGACAAGAUUGUCCGAGCUUAUGGAUGAAGUUCCUGAGGAUACAAUCAACACUUCACUAGAUGAGAUGCGUGACUUCAUGAGGACAUCCAUGGAGGAGCAAGAGAAGAAGCAUCAAGAACAGUUAACCCAUCUUCUCGAGCAACUCAAUUCUACGCUCAAGUCACAGGUGGUUGAAAAACCAACUGUCUCAACUCAGGAACAGCUUCCAAGUGAGUUAGCCAAUAUUGUAAAAACUAUUGCUGAUACCACUGUAAAACAAAGUGCCUUAAUAGAAAAGUUAACUACCUCCUCCCCCUCCUCUGCCAAUACCAAUACAAAAUUGCCUCAAAUGUCCCUCCCAAAAUUCUCGGGAAAAUUUUCUGAGUGGAUUGAGUUUAGAGACAACUUCGAAUCCUCUAUUAUUAACCAUGCUGGGUUGUCUCCUGUACAAAAAUUCCAGUAUCUUAAAAACUCACUUACUGAUAGUGCCCGCUCAGAAAUUAAACACCUUCCUAUUACCAAUGCGAACUUCGAGAUUGCAUGGGAUGCUCUAAAGGAGAGAUUUGAGAAGCCUUACAACAUAAUUAUGGAUCAUAUCCAGCAAUUCAAAUCCCUCCCAUGUACCUCUUCGACAAAUAUUGAGCAAUUGUCUCAGCUUUGCAAUACUGCUUCAGAAUCUGUUUCCGCUGUCAGGGCCCUAGGUGUUGAAAGUUUUGAUCUUUGGUUAAUCCAUGACAUCCUACUAAAGCUUGAUGAUGAACUCAAGAUGUUGUGGAGCGAAGAAUGUGAUAAAGAAUUGCCUGACUGGAACAAAUUCAUUAAAUUCCUUUUCAAGAGAAGAGAUAAUUUGGUAUCUAGUGGAAUCAAAAAUGUCCCUGCCUCAUUCAAAACUAACAAGUCAGGACCUAAUCGUAAUAAUACGAAGAAGUCGCCAACUGCAUUGGUUGCAGCUAAUGCUCAGACCUGUAAAUGCUGUAAUCUAGCUGCUCAUCCGCUCUUCAAGUGCUCAAAGUUUCUGUCUCAGUCUCCAGAUGAGCGCUUUCAAUUGGUGAAGCAGUUGGGUCUUUGCAGAAACUGCAUUACCGCCAAUCAUAAUACAGCUCAAUGUACUUACUACCCUUGCCGAAAAUGCAAUGCCCGCCACAACAUACUGCUUCACGAGAAGUUCUCCAGCAAUAUUAACAGUCAGGCUCCUUCUGAUAAUCAUUCUCUGACUGUUGCUCCACCUACUGGGAACUCUCGGCCCAAUCUAAACAGUUUCCUGGACUCUUUGCCAGGGCCAUCCUCCAUCAAUAUCUCUCAGGCGAAUGUCACGGCCGUCAAAUCCCCCAAAGUAUUCCUCGCGACCGCCAUGGUAGAUAUUGUGAAUUCUCAAGGAAGGAAGAUAUCUUGUCGCGCUAUUUUAGAUAGCGGCUCUCAAAGAAAUAUUAUGUCGACAGCUCUGCAGCGUCAGCUGUGCCUUCCAAGUCGACAUGCCACUUAUUCCAUGCAAGGCAUUGGUGGUGCUCAAUCAUCGAUUCAUUCCGUUACGGAAGCCACUCUUCAUUCCAAGACUUCGCCUCAUUUCUAUAACAUGGAGUUCUUGGUUAUUCCAAAAAUUACGGGCGAUCUCCCAAACUGGCCUGCGAGUCCCAAGCUGUUGUCUAUCCCACCUGGAGUUCAGUUAGCGGAUCCUGAGUGGUUUGUCCAAAAACCGGUGGAUAUUCUCAUCGGUGGUGAUACUUAUUGGGACAUCGUGCUUGAUGGAAAUAUUCAUUUGGGUGAUGGUCUGCCUAAGCUUAAGCCGACUACUCUGGGCUACAUUAUUGUCGGCUGCCUUAAUCCUGUUCCUCAAGUUCUCUGCAAUCUAUCAGCUGUCGAAACCUUGGAUCAAACCCUUUCCCGUUUCUGGGAGGUGGAAGACAUUCCAGAUGAUCCGCCCAUCACCGAUGAGCAACGUGCAGCAGAACUGCAUUUUUCUUCAACUUACAAACGUUCCUCUGAAGGUCGAUUUGUUGUACAACUUCCGUUCCGGAAGGAUUCGGAAGGCCACAUGCCAACUCUCGGGAGCUCUCGUUCUACAGCUGUGCGUCAAUUACUUGCUCUCGAGAGGCGCUUUGAGAAAAAUCCUGCCAUGAAGGCGCUUUAUAUUGAAGUCAUGAGAGAUUAUUUAGCCAGAGGAUGGUUGGAACCCGUACCUCGAGAUCAGCUAGGAAAUUACUCCUACUACAUGCCCCAUCACGGAGUGCUGAAGGACUCGACGACCACGCGUUUGCGUAUCGUAUACAAUGCCAGUUCGAGAACUUCAAAUGGGCUAAGUCUCAACGACAUCCUCCUGGCUGGCCCAACUGUCCAUCCAGAUUUGUUCACUGUGCUUUUGAGGUUCCGGAAGUUUGAGUAUGCUAUUACUGCAGAUAUAUCAAAGAUGUAUUUGCAGCUAGUCCUGUAUCCUGAGCAUGCUGAUUUUCAACGCCUGGUCUUCAGAGAAAAUGUUACUGAGCCCAUCAAGGAUUAUAGAAUUCCAAGAGUGUGUUUUGGAGUCAAGUCCUCACCAUUCUUAGCCACGAGGGCCUUGGUCCAACUGGCAGACGAUCAUCAGGUUUCUCACCCCUUGGCUUCCGCCAUUAUCAAAAACUGUUUCUACGUUGAUGAUUGUAUUUAUUCAUCUGAGUCACUAGCUGAAGCAAAGGAAAUACAGUCUCAACUGGUGGAGGUCUUGGAUCAGGCUGGAUUUGUGCUCGCCAAGUGGAAUUCUAAUAGCCCUCAUUUUGAACCCUCCUCACUUUUGGACUCAGAACAAAUCAUCUUUCACUCUCACGAUGCCACUAAAACUUUGGGAAUCCAAUGGAAUGCCAGGUCGGACGUGUUCCAGUUCGUAUCGCCAAUCUCGUCAGUACCAGUCAUUGAUACGAAACGAGGAAUAGCUUCUGCUGUUGCCAAGAUCUUUGACCCACUUGAGCGGAUCAGUCCAGUUGUCAUUAUAGCUAAAAUUCUACUACAAGAUCUUCACAGGGCAAAGAUUGGUUGGGAUUCGGAGAUUCCUUCUGAACAUCUCCAAAAAUGGAAGUACUUCGUCCAACAGCUUCAAUCAGUGCAGGACAUUGAGAUUCCUCGGUGGAUUAUGCAGAAAUCCAUGCUCUCCCAAGUUGAACUUCACGGAUUUUGUGAUUCUAGCACCAAAGCAUAUGGUGCUGCUAUUUAUUUCAUCGGACGUGAUGAAUUAGGAAAGGGAACUUCAGUUCUCAUCGUUGCCAAAUCCAGAGUAGCACCGAUUGAAACCCAAACCAUUCCACGUCUCGAGCUCUGUGGUGCAGUUCUCGUAGCAGAACUCAUGCUAAAAAUCAAAGACAUUUUCCUACCAGACAAAAUGUAUUUUUGGACUGAUUCUACAAUUGUUUUGGGAUGGAUCAAUUCCCCACCUGAUGCUUAUAAAGUCUUUGUUGCCAAGCGUGUACGAAGGAUUUUGAAAAUUACGAAGCCUGAACAAUGGAACCACGUGCCUACUAAUCUAAACCCUGCUGAUCUGAUCUCCAGAGGCUCCUAUCCAGCUCAACUUGCUGCUUUAUCUCUCUGGUGGAAUGGUCCUCCUUAUCUCUUGGGGUGUCAAUCUGCGUGGCCCAUAAAUCCUACUUCGUCCUUGGCUCCCGAACCUGAAGAUUCGAAACAGAUAUCUUUGCCAAUUGAAAUUAUUGAGGAUUCGUUUUUUCCAGGAUGGAUACAAACCGUAUCUUCGCUCAGAAAACUUCAAUUUCGCAUGGCCUAUAUUCUACGAUUCAUUCACAACCUGAAAAAUCCCAAAAACUGGAAAAGGGGGCCUGUAUCGGUUGAAGAAUUGGAGAGUGCCUUGCGAAAGCUUAUUUUCCUGGAUCAAUUUCACCACUUCCCUGAAGUGAUGAGAAGUCUACAGCGUGGACGACAAAUUCCUGCUCCAUGGAAGUUCCUGAAUUCUCUUUCACCAUUUCUGGACACGGAAGGUAUCCUGCGAGUUGGUGGAAGGCUACAGAGAUCAGAAGAGUCGUUUGCAGUAAAGCAUCCUAUACUCUUGCCAAAGACAAAACUACAGGAGCUAAUUGGUGCACGGGAGCACAACCUGCAGCUUCACGCCGCUCCAUCCCUACUUCUUGCCUCUCUCAGACAGAAGUACUGGCCGAUUUCGGGGAGAAACCUCUCUCGGAAAAUAGUCCGUCAAUGUGUGACUUGCAUUCGUGCACGGCCUAGGCCUCUGGAGCAAAUGAUGGGAAGUCUUCCGCCUCAUAGAGUCACUUAUCAACGUCCAUUCCACGCCACUGCUGUUGACUAUGCUGGUCCGCUCCUCUACAAAACUAGUAAUCUCAGGACAGCGAAAACUGCUAAGGCUUAUAUUUGCCUGUUUGUGUGUCUAUCAGUCAAGGCUAUUCAUCUUGAACUUGUGUCGGAUCUUACAACUGAUGCCUUCCUGGCUGCCUUCAGACGUUUCGUGGGAAGAAGAUCGGCGCCUCGUCAUCUCUACUCAGACUGCGGAACCAACUUUGUUGGUGCUCAUCGAGAACUUGCCAAAAUUUACAAGGAUAGAAGUCAUCUCGCAUCAGUCACCGCAGAUUUGGGAGUGAUUUGGCACUUUAACCCUCCUGGAGCACCCCAUCAAGGUGGCCUUUGGGAGGCUGGAGUGAAAGGUGUCAAAUUUCACUUAGGAAGAGUUUUAGGCCAUUCUCCACGGACGUUUGAGGAAGUGAUGACCAUUCUUUGUCAAAUAGAAGGUCUCCUGAAUAGCCGCCCUCUUUGUGCUCUAUCAGAGGAUCCUGCAGAUUCAGACUUCUUGACUCCUGGCCACUUCUUAGUGGGUGGCCCCCUAAACUCAUUGCCGGACCCGAGUGUGCUACAUGUUCCUGAAAACCGCUUAUCUCGCUGGCAAGCUUGCCAAAAACGCGCUCAAGAGUUUGCUGAGCGCUGGAGAAGGGAAUAUUUAAACACUCUCAAUCAGCGCACCAAGUGGAAGUUCCCUUGCCCCAACCUGGAGGUUGGUGACAUCGUUAUAACCCUUGAUGACGCCGCUUCUUCGUGGAUUUUGGGUAAAAUUGAGAAUGUCCAUCCUGGGUUGGAUGGCCUAGUUCGUGUGGUGUCUGUCCGAACGUCCAAGGGCACCUACAAGAGACCCAUCACAAAAUUGGCCAAAAUUCCCAUAGGAGAGGCUGCUGGUCUACCGUCCAGCCCCGGGGAGGAUGUUCCCGCCAUGAGUAGCGCGGGAAAGUGGCGCGCGCCAAAUAAUGUCGCUCAGUUGAGCGCUCUACUGGAAUUGCGCAACUCCUCCCACUGUCCCAAGUCCCCGCCAUAACACAUUCCUUCUUCCUCACAUCCGGCAUCUUCAUACCCUCUCUCUCUCCCAAAAAAUUUGCAAGUCAAGUGUGUUAAAUAAAAAAGCUCUGCCAAAAA